AUGGCUGACAAGCAGCAACCUCCUUACCUGAACCUGGCUGAACUCACCGCCUCCCAAUUCCUGGAAAUCUGGAAACAUUUUGAUGCGGAUGGUAAUGGUUAUAUCGAAGGGAAAGAACUGGAAAACUUCAUCCGGGAGCUGCAGCGAGUAAGGAGAGGAUCGGGUGUGGUGACUUCUAGAAAUGCUAAUUCAAAACAAAAGAUGAAGGAAUUUAUGGAAAAAUAUGACAGGAAUGCAGAUGGCAGGAUUGAGAUUGCUGAGUUGGCCCAGAUACUUCCGACAGAAGAGAACUUCCUCCUGUGUUUCCGGCAGUGUGUACGAUCCAGUGCGGAGUUUAUGGAGACCUGGAGGAAAUAUGACGCAGACUGCAGUGGAUACAUCGAGGCAAAUGAACUGAAGAGUUUCUUACUGGACUUGUUAAAGAAAGCAAACAGACACUAUGAUGACAAGAAACUGCAGGAGUACACACAGACUAUCCUGAAAAUGUUUGAUGCGAAUGGAGAUGGGAAGCUGGGCCUUUCCGAAAUGGCUCGUUUAUUACCUGUCCAGGAAAAUUUUUUGCUAAGAUUUCAGGGCAUGAAACUGAGUGCAGAGGAGUUCAAUGCAAUAUUCACCUUUUAUGACAGGGAUGGAAAUGGCUACAUCGAUAGUAAUGAACUGGAUGCGUUACUGAAAGAUUUAUAUGAGAAAAAUAAAAAGGAAAUGGAUAUUAAGAAACUAACUGCAUACAAGAAAAAUAUCUUGUCCCUCUCACAUGGUGGGAAGCUGUAUCGGCGGGAGCUGGAGAUGAUUUUGUGCACGGAGCCACUGUAG